AUGAAGAAUUUUGAAGAAUAUCAUAACUUAUAUCUUGAAACUGACAUAUUUUUACUUGUAAACAUUUUCAUGAACUACACUAUCAUAUGCUUAAAUAAUGAUGGCUUAGAUUCCUCUCAUUACGUAUUUGUAUCAGAAUGUUUAUACAAAAGUAGUAGAGCUGAACUUAAGCUAAUGACAAAUAUGAACGAAUACUUGAUAGUUAAGAAGGGUAUUCGUGAAGACAUGAUAAUGGCAAGUUAUUAUUAUGCUAAAGCUAAUAAUCCUAAAUGUUCUGAUUAUAAUCUAAGCAAAUCAACAUCUUGA